AUGGAGGAGGGCGCGCCUGGGCCAGGCCCGAGCUCGCUAAGAAACAGGAGAACCGUUAGUUUUUGUAGACACAUUUCCAUUUUUUUUUUCUCAGGGAAAUCUUCGGUUUAUUUUUGUUAUUAUUAUUAUUAUUCAAAUAUGAUCUUCCUUGACCCUCUCAUUGUUUUAAUACGUAUAAAAAAGUAGUUUUGUUGAUUACCCUAUAAAAUAGAAUCUUCUUUGGCUUUUAGCAUCUUUUUUUUCCAUUUUAUACCCUCAAAACUGGAUUUUUCUUGGAUUGAUUUAUCCAGCUUUGGUUUAUCGACUAGUUUUUGUGGUAAAAUAUUCCUUUUUGACAAAAAAUGGCUAGUAUCAUGACAAUUUUCUUCAUUUUCCAAAUCCUUCAAGAUUAUUUUGAGAAAUUGAUCCAGUAUAUAUAUAUUUGAACAGCCUAGUGCUUUUUCUUCCUGAUCAAAAAUAAAAAAAUUGUUUUUGUCUUUUUUCAUUUAUAUGUUCAAAAUUAGAUUUUCUUGAGUUCAUCCUUGACUUGUCUAAAGGUUAAUCAAGCAGUUUUCACGUUUCAGUAUGGGUUUUUGAUCAAAAAAGGCUCGAAAAAUCCAAAUCUUAUGCUCAAUUUGAAGCUCGAAAUCAAGGUUAAAGUUUGAUUUUCAACUAUUUUUCCACACUAUCAUCUUCAUAAUGUGUGUAGAGAAAGCUAAAUUUCAAAAUUCCAGUUAGGUUAAGCCCAAAAAAUAAAGCUGAAUUUCUAGACUGACGCGGUAAUGUAAGCUCAUCAUUAUCAAGUCCGUUUCAACAACUAUUUUUCCAGGACGAAGCUUCUGAAAAAGAGAGUCGCCGCCGUCCACGUGCUCCACAUCCUGAAGCUGAUCCAGCUCCCCGUCGGAUGGUCCUGAUGGCCCAUGAUCCACUUCGCUGGCGCUAUCGGGACCCUCCACGCCGUCAGGACCAGGACGAGAACGUCGAGGACGACGAGGAGGAAGCAGAAGUGGAAAGAGAGUCGAUCUCUGGUGGAUCGGUAGGGAUUUAAGAAGAAUAGUACCUUUUCAAGACCAGACCAGAAGCUCCAAGCCUCACAGAAUUGCGAGAGAGCUUUGACCUUUCUAUUGGUCCGUCAACCUUUAUCAUCGCUAUCACCUUUCAGGAUUCUGGCGCGCAAGAGGAGGAAGAGGAGGCGGAGCCUGUGCGAGCUGCUCCAGCUCCUCUCCGUCGGUUCUCCCGACCUCUUCUGAUCAGCCAUGAUCCGAUGCGCGUCUACUACCGAGGCAAGCAGUGA